AUGACGCCGGUAAUGUCGCUGCUGGAAGAGAAUGCAAGGAUGACCUCCUUUGGUAUCGGAAAGUUUGCCAUCAGCGAUUUCUCCAUGGCCGUCAUCCAGUGCUACAUUGUAUACUUGGGAGCUCAUUCUCAUGGUCCAACCCCUUCAUCUAUUGACCUAGAAACUGCCACACAUUUUCAUUAUGAUUUUCUGGGUUCAAUUCUUGGCAGCCAUGAAAAGGCCAAAGAAGCAAUUAUUUAUUCAUAUAAUAAACACAUCAAUGGCUUUGCGGCAGCACUUGAAGAGGAAGAAGCUGCAGAUAUUGCAGAAAACCCAAACGCAGUAUCAGUGUUCUUGAGCAAAGACCAUAAACUGCACAUUACUCAUUCAUGGGAGUUUCUUGGACUGCAAAGAAAUGGUAGGAACACAACAUGGCAAAAGGGAAGAUUUGGUGAAAAUACAAUCAUCAGUAACAUUGAUACAGGUUUUGUGGGUAAUGUUGGGUCCUGCACAAAGAUUAAUAGGCUCGUGGACAUUAUCACAGUUGUGGGGGGUCAAGGAUACUCAUUACCUGCAGAUAUACAGUAUCUUGAUGCUAGAUGGGAAGUUCUUGUUGUGCUUCCUCUGCGUGAUUGUUUUGCCCAAGAGAUCAACAUGCUAUGCCCCCUUGAUGGGUUUGUAGUCCUCUAA